AAUAUUAGCCCAAACCAAAACGACGUAAUAAAAUCCUAAAAAGAACCCUACUUUGCUCUCUUUCCUUCUCUUCCGCUUCUCCAGCAGCAGCAGCAGCAGCCAUGGCUACAUACGAUCUAACACCAAGAAUAGCACCAAAUCUGGACAGGCACUUAGUGUUUCCAUUAUUAGAGUUUCUCCAAGAACGCCAACUAUACCCAGAAGAUCAAAUAUUUAAAUCAAAAAUUGAACUUUUGAGCAAAACAAACAUGGUCGAUUACGCUAUGGACAUCCAUAAGAGUCUUUACCACACUGAAGACGUCCCUCAAGAUAUGAUUGAGAGAAGAGCUGAAGUUGUGGCUAGAUUGAAGGCGUUGGAGGAGGGCGCCGCGCCUCUUGUUGAUUUUUUGCAGAAUGCUAAUGCUGUUCAGGAAUUGAGAGCUGAUAAACAGUAUAACCUUCAGAUGCUUAAUGACCGUUACCAGAUUGGUCCAGAACAGAUUGAGGCGCUUUAUCAGUAUGCAAAAUUUCAGUUUGAAUGUGGAAACUACUCUGGUGCAGCUGACUAUCUGUAUCAGUAUAGGGCCUUAUGCACUAACAGUGAAAGGAGUUUGAGUGCAUUGUGGGGGAAGUUGGCAGCUGAGAUACUGAUGCAGAACUGGGAUAUUGCUCUUGAAGAACUUAAUAGGCUGAAAGAAAUAAUUGAUUCAAAGAAUUUCUCAUCGCCAUUGAAUCAGGUGCAAACUCGAAUAUGGUUGAUGCAUUGGAGUCUUUUCAUCUUUUUCAACCAUGACAAUGGAAGAACACAAAUCAUUGACUUGUUUAAUCAGGACAAGUAUCUUAAUGCCAUUCAAACCAAUGCUCCCCACCUUUUGAGGUACCUAGCAACUGCAUUCAUUGUGAACAAAAGGAGAAGACCUCAGUUCAAAGAAUUCAUAAAGGUCAUACAGCAAGAGCAACAUUCAUAUAAAGAUCCCAUCACAGAAUUUUUAGCAUGUGUCUACGUUAAUUAUGACUUUGAUGGAGCUCAAAAGAAGAUGAAAGAAUGUGAAGAAGUGAUUUUAAAUGACCCAUUCCUUGCUAAACGGGUUGAAGAUGGCAACUUUUCUACUGUGCCACUCAGAGACGAGUUCCUUGAAAAUGCUCGCUUGUUCAUCUUUGAAACUUAUUGCCGUAUACAUCAACGCAUUGACAUGGGAAUCCUUGCAGAGAAAUUGAAUCUAAACUAUGAGGAGGCUGAGAGAUGGAUCGUAAAUCUGAUACGAAGCUCAAAGCUUGAUGCUAAGAUUGAUUCAAAAUCAGGAACUGUUAUCAUGGAGCCUAAUCAUCCUAACGUGUAUGAGCAAUUGAUAGAUCACACCAAGGGGUUGUCAGGGCGUACUUACAAGUUAGUUAAUCAGCUUCUAGAGCAUUCCCAGACCCAAGCUGCUCGAUGAAUUUUCUUGGUGCACUUUUCAGGAUUUAUUGUUGUCAGUUUUUGUUAUCAGGAUGUUGUUCAUUUGGUUAAAAGAUCAGAUUCAAACUGCAGAAAUUGUACUGAUCUUGUCGGAGAAGUAUUUCUAAUAGAGUAGAGGUUGAGAAAUUAUUAAUUGAGAAAGAUGGUUUAUCUUUAAAGGAGGCAUCUCCAUUAGCUUGUUAGUACAUGCAAAGAUCAGAUUUUGUGAAAAUUCAUGAAGAGUUAAUGCUUGUGAAAAUUCAUUUCCUUGUGUA